UCAUGUACCUAUUGUCAAUUUAUGUCACGCGUUCUUUUGUGUGAUUGUGUGCAAGGAAGCAAAAAAUAUCAAGAAAUCUUAUUUGGUGGUUCUUAGUUUUAACUAAUGAAUUUAAUAAGUAACCUAUAAUACCAACUUAUUGUAAAUUGGACUUUACAAUUCGUUAAUGAUGAUGAGCGACGACGACCGCGACAUUGAUAUCGAAAGUGAUAUAUCAUACUAUAAUUUUCAGGCCGAAAACGACUCUGACUCUCGUCCACAUGCAAGGAAUGGCUUAAGCAGUGGAGGUUAUUAUUCUCAAGCGGAAAAAAGAGCUCAUCAUAAUGCUUUGGAAAGAAAGAGAAGAGAUCACAUAAAGGAUAGCUUUACAUCACUCCGAGAUUCAGUACCAGCACUACAAGGAGAAAAAGUGUCUUCUUCUAAUUUUCAGGCGAGUCGAGCUCAAAUAUUGAAGAAAGCUGCAGAAUAUAUACAAUUUAUGAGGCGAAAAAACAACUCACACCAACAAGACAUUGAAGAUCUCAAACGGCAAAACAGUUUACUGGAGACACAAAUACGAGCGUUGGAAAAGGCUCGCGCAACCGGCAACUACAUGGACGCACACGAAUUGGGAUUGGGCAUUAAAUCGGAAGACAGUUCACACGACACGGACAGUUCAGAUGGAGAAGGCACCACUCGGCGGGUCAAGAAACUCAAGAUCAACAGCGUCAACGUUUAAUAACUUUAUUUUUAUAAUUUAAGUUCUGUGAGAUAUUUUGUUCUAAUGUUUGUGUUGCGGAUAUGACAAACUCUGUAAUUUACUUUUUUUUUAUUAAAUAAGGUUGUUGAAUCUUCCUUGUAAAAUAAUUUUAAUGUUGUGCACAUUAAAAUGUUAGGUUUUUGUUUUUUGCAAUAUAUAUUUUUUUUUAAGGAGCAUGUAUAAAGUGAGGAAUUUGUUUGCUGUUUAUCUUUGUCUAUUAGGGAUAUUACAUGUUUAUACAUAUUGAACUCUUACAGAAAUUUAGUAUUUUCUAUUGUUUAAUCUAGAUUAAGCUAUCCUAUGACUUUUAAAGUAGGAAUUCACGGAAUAUACCUAAAACUUCAUAGUAUCCAUUUGUGUAAUGAAUGUUGUGUACAAAAUACACUGGUUUAGAUUUUAAGGAUCUUUUGAAUUAAAACAUAACACUAUUAAAAUACAAUACUUAAAUAAACGACAGUCGUCUUA